AUGGAGAAUAUGGAGCGUGCAGAGCUGAAGAUGAAAGUCGAAGAGCUUGAAGUAGAAGUUGCAGAGUUGAAGAAUAUUAUAAAACUGCUAAGGAUUGUGAUAAAAAACAAUGAAAGUAAGAUAGCUCUUCUUGAAAAGCACAAGGAGGAGCGGGCCGCGUUACUUCAUUCUGCACUAGAAAUGAUGAUGGGGUGUGGGGAAGGAGCUGGUUCCAAUGGUGGUGAUGGAGGGGGGAGGGGAAGUAAAGCGGGUAGGGGAAGAGGUGGACGGGGAAAUGAUAGUGCGGAAGGAAGGGGUCGUGGAUGUGGUGGACGGGGAAAUGGUAUUGGUGAAGGACGGGGUCGUGGAGCUGGGGAAACAAUGGAGUAA